AAUUAUAUUCCACGAAAUUCAAAGUAAAACUGCAAAAACUCAAUCAUGACUCCACGUGUUCACGCCGCAAAAAAGUGUAAAAUCUUACAAAGGUGUGUGUUUCUGCGUACUAUGAGCAAAACGGUUUUUACACGCCUCAAGUGAACGCAAACCUUAACGUAAACACAUACAAACCCAGUGACGCCAGACGAACUGCACACAAACCAAUUUAUCACGGAGCGUGCGAGUAUAAAUAGGAGCGCCGACCCGCCGCCCCGCACUCUGCAACGAGCACUCGGAGAGAGCACGUCGCGAUCUAUAAACCGCACUCAAAUACCAAACAAUAAACUAUCCAACAUGGUUGUGAAACUAGAAACUGUUGCCGCGCUGUACGCUGAUGUUUACCCAGCGCUGCCUAAACACCGUGACAUGGACACCAUUGUCACCGACUGCCCGAGGAGACAGAAGCUUCGGGGAACUGCGCUGCCCGCGCUUGUUGAAGAUGACUCGGAGGAGGUGUUCGAGCCGGAGCAGAGGUCCUACGUGAUGCGCACGGAGGGCCUCCGCCGCCAGAAGUCCAUCUCGCCGCAGCGGCGGGAGAAGCUGCGCCGCACGCUGGCGCUGCCCUCCCUGUCCGAGGACGAGGAGCCUUGAUCCACUCGCUCCCGUCUCCCGGAUGAAGUUAUGAAGCUGUGGCCGGCUGUUCGGCUUCAAUCCUCGGAUCGUGAAAGAUCCUGAGGGAGUUCUGUGAAGUUGGAACCGCCUGGAGAAGUGAACCUUUGGAACAAACCACGGUGGAAAGUGUUGGACAUUGACAUGUGAAGUGAAACCAAAAAGUUGUUUAGCCAAAGUAUAUGCCAAUGUAGGUGUUAAGUCUAGCAUAAGUUUUUUAACGGGAAUAAAUGUGUUUUUACUGAA